CAAGUUAUCAGUUCUGUGCCAGAAUUGGGACCAACUUUGCCUGAUGGUGGAUAUUCUUGGAUUGUACUUGCUGGUUCAAUGGUUAUUCAGGGUCUAAAUUGUGAAGUAAUUUGAUUCGACUACAGAGAAAAGGAAAAUCUGAAAAAAACCGGGUGUGAAUAUGACUUUGUUUUUGACUUUCAAUGGAAUUUAAAAAAAAAUGUUGGCAUCGUUUUGUGUUUGUUUUUAUAUAUUGAACACUAGAUGACAGUGCCCACCAUAACGUCAAUGUAUGGAGUGGCCCUGGGUCAUUUGGCCGUUGAUUCACCAUUUGGAUUGGAUUCGUGGCAACAGGAAAUAGCUAUUAUUCCUAUUCUCUUCACAGCGUUCUUAAGUCUAGCAGAGCCAUGGUCCGGUAUAAUGGUGCACCUAGCAGGAGUACCUCGUCUAGUUGGCUUCAUUGGAGUUUGCCUGUUAUCAAUUGGUGUGCUAGCAUCAGGCUAUUUGGCAACAGGUGGAGUUGGUGCUUACUUAGCAAGUUCAAGUGCAGGGGCUGUAAUGGGAAUUGGAGGAAGUUUUAUCCUCGUUCAAACUGACACUCUUCUCCGACGAAACUUUCCAAGUCGAUUAAGAUUAGCGUUGACUUUGAAAGAAGUGGCGAGUUCUCUGGGCUUUGUUUUCGCUCCCGGAUUUGGCCUCGCAUUAUUUUCAACCUCGAGUCUCCAAAUGGGAUUGCUUUUGAUGGCCUGUUGCUUCAUCCCAGCAGCAAUGGGGACAUUGGCCCUUCGGUCUCCAAUUAUUCGCUCGCGGACCAAUCCUUAUACUCUUCUCAUUAGCGAUGAGGACAAUGAAUUAACUAAUAGAGGGAUUUCUGGCAGAACUGAUGGAAGCGGUCAAGAGAACAAUUCCAGAAGUAUAUUCAAUGAAGAAAGUGCCAAUGAUGGAGUUGCUUCCAAUAUAUCUCGGGAUGGAAAUGAUGUUUACAGUUUUCGAGAGCCUGAAGGAGAUGAAGUAAUUUUUAAUGUUGCUAACUACCCCGUGAAUGUUUUCUCAGGAUUGAGACAAAAGUGUCAAAUUUUGAAAUCAGUGAAAUUCUGGGUGGGUGUGAUUGCUUGCAUCGGCUGUAAAGCUGGAGGUCUUGUCUUCUGGAUUUUACUUCCAUCUGUAGCUAUAGUUCAAUUAGGCUCUGCAAAUUUGAUGGAUGGUGUAACCAUGUCUACGGCAGCCGGAUUGGGAACAUUUAUCCCAAAUGUAGCAUCAUAUUGGAAACCCAACUCUGCCAGAUGGAGGAGUUUAUGCUUCGGAAGUGCAUUGUGGCUCGGGAGCGUCACACUUCUCGCAUUAUGGACGGAAGUUGCUUUUCCAAUAUAUGUGACUCUAGCUUUUUUCGGAGGAGUAAGUGUAGGUGGUACUUCGGUAUGCCUCGAGUCAGCAUUAUAUGAUGCGAUGGGGAGUCAGUCUGUGAAAAAAUCGCAUACCAUGUCCUCCACCAUCGUUGGCCUCACUAUCUUAACAUUUUCCUUCAUCGAAAGUCCACUAUUUUGCCUUCAGUUAACAGCUGGAAUUCAGUUCAUAGGAGGAAUUUACUGGAUGCUAGGUCCCCUUGUUGGGAUUAUUCGAGCCAAAUGAUAAACCUAUCCAUGAAGUCUUAUCAUAUCUGUAAUUAUUAUUUUGUACAUAAAAUUUUCUACAGUUGAAUUUUGUAAAUGAUGAAUGAGUUGCCUCUUGCCACCAUCAUUAACCAGAAGUGGAGUAGUUUAGACUUUGAAAAGUUUUGAAUUUCCAUUUUGAUAAACGGUUUCACCUGCCCCCUGAAGAGAGUUUUAGAACCGCUUGCCACAAAAUCAUCGUUUGUAAUAUUAUCUGGCAUGCAUCUACAUGGCUAUCAGCAACCGCAGGUCAUUUACACCUAUGGUGUUUCAACAGGCGUUCUACAUACGUUAUCUGCGUUUUAAAAGAGGGGGACAAUGCAAGCCUAUUUUAUGUACUACUCUAAAACUCGAUAAAAAUGGAAUUUCUUGAGUAUGCACCCUAUUUUUUUUGUUAAUCAAAAAAUCGUUAUCUGGUGAGCCUGAAUGUGAUAUUAAUUUGAAUAUUCAAGAAUAAAAAUGAGGCGUUGGGAUAGAUUGAUGAGAUUUUAGGAAACUGGCAUGACCCUUCACUCAUUGGGCCAACGACUUUUUAAAGAUAUCUCAGGUCGACCAUCACCCGAAAAUCACUUCUACGAUUUCUCCGUGGCUAGCGGAAGAAUGUGCAUUCAAUACCGAAUACCUCAGUCUUAAGGCUAAUUAAAUUAUUAAUAAAUCGUCAAUUACACAAGUGUCUACGUAGAAAAACGUCGGUUAAAUAUACAUUUUUCUUUUUUA